AUGUUGCCCCAAGCUGUCUUAUGUCUUGCCUUCGGUACCCUGGCUUCUGCGCAAGCAGCCUGUUACUGGCGCAACGGCGGUGAGCAGACUGUUGCCAAAUAUUGGCCUUGCUCCAACGACACUUCCGACCCGCUCAGUCACGUCUGUUGCAAAAUAGGCGAAAGCGAGGACACUUGUCUUCCGAAUGGCAUUUGCGAAGCUUUUGCGCCAACUAAUGAGACUAGGGGCCUAUGGUUCAGAGAAUCCUGUACAUUACAAAACUGGGAAGCCGGAGGCUGCCAGGACCUAUGUUCGAGUGGGGAUGAACAACGCAAGAACGACGUAACUGUCACUCCUUGUGAUGGUACCGCUACGUCCGAGUUCUGGUGCUGUGGCGACUCAGAUGCUUGCUGCACGGAUCCCAACCUUGAGAAGUUCAAAGUCGACCCGCUCUUCAAGGCCGUUAUCACGAGUUCUUUACUCCCAUCGCCCACGAGCGCCUCGAUUCCGCCAAGCUCGCCCAGCUCUUCGAACACGCCAACCCCUUCGCCUACCGAAACACAACAGAAUAACGUCAGUGCUGGCCUGUCGACAGGCGCAAAGGCCGGAAUUGGUGUGGGUGCUGCUUUCGGUGUCAUUGCGCUGAUUGCAGUGGGUGUUUUCAUCGGAAGAAGGACGCACAAGAAGAGAAAGGAAGCUACAGAGGCGACAAGCUACUAUGAGCCAGUCAAAGAGGCAUUACCACCAGCGUAUAGGCACGAAGCACCCAUAGACGAAGCUUCCAGAUAUGAAGCUCCGACCACACAAACACAAGCUCCGGUAGAAUUGGCUGGUGAUCAGAUCAACCCUCAAGAGUUGUCUGGUCGUGGCCGAUAA